GCCGCACUCAAGGCUCUGGUUGAGAUUUUGAAACGUUAACAUCCCAUUGUCUCUUUCUCCACGUGGCGCUGGAUCUAGCUCACUCGCAGUGCUCAACGUGUCGACCCCUCUAUAGCGUUAGUAAAGCGGCGCUGUUCGGUCCCGAUGCUUAUUCGGGCGGUUUGUCCGCUUUCAGUUCAACUCAUGUUUGGCGAGAGCGUUUGAUCCAUUUCUUCCGAGUGAUUGCGGGCCGCCUUCGUCACUUAUAAACGUGGGCCCUUCCUCGCAGACAGAACACGACACCCUGGCUUCUACUGUCGCUGCCCAAUCCGACGGCAUAUCAACUCCUUCAGUGAUACAUAGCCUCUCGACCCCGGGAGGAUCGAAGUAACUCCGCGUGGGUAGCGCAAAAUCUUGUCCCUACUCAUACAUCAAACCUCUUCGCCAUGAUUCAACCGACUUUCACUAGGAUCGGAGUGAUCGGCGCGGGUGCUGCAGGCCUGAUUACUGCUCAUACGCUGCUCCGUGACGGCUUUCAGAACGUCGAGGUUCUGACGCGCGACGAGAGUCCGGGUGGUGUUUGGGCGGCCGAGCGCGUCUACCCUGGUCUGACGAUCAACAACGUGCAUGGCGAGUUCAGGUUCUCGCCUUUACCGAUGCCUCCACCUGCGGACGCGGCCGCCACCGGUGGACGCCUCUCUGGCGAGGACAUGCGACUGUACAUGGAGACAUUCGCUUCUAGGUUUUUGCCUGGGAAGAUUAAGUAUCGCGUAGAAGUGCUCAGGAUACGACCAUCAGACACCGACGCUUGGACAGUCACUGUCAGACAUCUGGGUUCAAACAGCGUUGACGACAUUGUAUACGACAAAAUCGUGCUAUGUACUGGGGGGUGCAGCGCACCGAGGAUACCAGACGAACUGACACCCGAGAAGGCGAAGUCUGCGUGCUUCUCGGGCCCAAUUCUGCACUCCUCCCAAUUCGGUUCGAGGCUUGCCGACGUCGUCAGCGCAGGCAAGACGGGCGACGUCGUCAUCAUCGGGGGCGGAAAGUCAGCGCAAGACAUCGCGGCGUAUCUCGCGCGGCGCGAUAUCCCUGUCUCUAUGGUCUUUAAGACGACGGAUGCUGUUCUGGCUACCCCUGUUCCGUACCCUGCUGCUAUCAGGAAGAGCAGAUUCUUGUCUGUGUUGUCCCCGCACGCGGAGUUGCUCACCGGUCUGGAACGCUUCCUCCACACCACCUGGCUUGGUUCGCUGAUCGUACGCGGCAUGUGGGCGCUUCUGACUUGGUCCUCAUUCUGGGUGCUCUCCGUUCCGCGUGGUUCACCCUUGAGAAAUGCGCCAAACCCACUCUGGACGGUGCGGACGAACGACGAAGGCACCGGCAGAAAGGAUGGCUUCCAUGCAUUGGUCAAGCAAGAAAAGAUCAAAUUACUCGCACCUGCCCGUGCUGUGGGAUACGGUGCGGAUAGCCGGUCGAUUCUUCUGGACAACGGCGGCAAGGUUCCAGCUGCUGCUGUAGUCCUAGCUACGGGCUUCACAUCGUCCUGGAGUGGUGUAUUCGAUGAUACAACUAUGAAUGACCUCGGUCUUGGCCGAAUCGUCGGAGGCGUAGCCCCACGCGGAGAUCAUCAUUGGAACUAUACCACCUUAGCUAGGUCGUCUUUUAGCCCCAACGAUGGUGACAAACGGGGACCAUCACUAUACAGGGGGAUCGUCCCAGCGAAGAACAUACUCCGCAGAAAUUUGGCCGUCAACGGCGCAAUUUACACCACAAACAACGGCUACAUCCACGAAGUCACCGCAAACUGGAUCUCUUCAUACUUCCUCGAGGACAGCUUCCUGCACCUCCCCUUGUCUCCGGAGGGAGCGGUUGCGUGGACAAACCGCAACGCUGCUUGGCUUCGCCAGCGCUACCCGGAUGCUCUGUCGUAUGCCAACGAGAGCUACAGCGGGGAUGUGGCAUUCUGGAGUUGGCCUCAGCUUGCCGACGGGCUGCUUGCAGACAUGCAGCUGCAGACGAUGAGAAGUGGGGGGAAUGCCUUCACGUGGCCGUUCAAGGUAAUUGACCUUGAUGAAAUCAAGCAUCUCCGUGAAGAGCGUGCUGCACUGAGAGCUCAGGGUAGCUGAGCACACAAAUUCACCAUGCGAGACGUGAAG